CUCUUUUUAAAAAGAAAUGUUUAACAAUCAAUUUAAAGUCAGCCCCAUUGUAAUUAACAGCAGAUUUUAUUCUUAACACCAAAGGGUUUUGAUCUCAGCUUUGUGGUUUUAAACGAAAAUGAAGAUGUUAACUUGGGUUUACAUCUAAGGAUCAUUUUUUAUACUUAUGUGAACACAAAAUGACCCAACAUUCGCUUGUAUGGAGGGCAUACUUUUUAAUAUUUUUGAUAUCCCGAGUCCAUUCAUGGUCCCUGAAUAAGAUCCUGAUGACGGGACCAAAGUUUGGGAUCCUAACAGAGAACGCCACUCUCCUCAUGUCCCUCUCCUCCAGCCACAAAGGCUACGGGUUGUUCAUGGAUUCCAUCGGUCGCGGUGCUCAAAGAGCCACGCAAGAAUGCCAGUAUCAGUUUCAGUGGGAAAGAUGGAACUGUGACAUCACUUCCGCUCAACUUAUGCAAAGCGAGCAGCCAAGAGCAACAAAAGAGACGGCCUAUGUUCAGGCGAUAACAUCAGCCGGGGUGAUGUACGACUUGACUCGCCAAUGUAGCUCCGGAUUUUACAACGUCUGCAGCUGUGACGGGUCUAAACAAGGAGAAAGGGGAGGAUAUGACUGGAGCUGGGGAGGCUGUAGCGAUAAUGUUAAAGUCGGAGAAAAGGCCGCGAAGAAGUUGUUGGACACACUCGUAACCAAACGCGACGGUACAGCGGCCAUGCAUCUUCACAACAACAUGGCCGGAAGAAAGGCAGUGACAAAAACAAUGAGAUUUGUGUGUAAAUGCCAUGGAAUCACCGGGUCUUGUUCUUUGAGAACCUGUUGGAAAGAGCUGUCAAAAUUUCGCAAGAUUGGACGUUAUAUAAAACGGAAAUAUCACCACGCACUGCAACUCGAUUGGAACGAGAAAAUGAAAGAUGAAAACGACCCUAGACGGCGCAGCUUAUUUCCGGUUCUACCCGGAAGCAGUAUGAUUUACAUUGAAAAGUCUCCCAAUUACUGUAAAGCAAAUAAAACAUUAGGAAUUCCUGGAACAAUGAACAGACAGUGUUCUCGACGCCAUAAGACGAGGAAAGUGCCUCGUUCUGAGCGAAGAAGUUGCAGAAAUGUGUGUCGCGAGUGCGGGUAUCGAGUGCAAAAAACGACAGUCGAGAUUUUGAGCACGUGUAACUGUAAAUUCAAGUGGUGCUGUAAGGUGAACUGUGACACCUGUGUUGUUUACGAAGACAGGUACCACUGUGUGAAAUAAAUUUCAUCAUUCUACAAAAAAUGGAAUAUACCGAAACAUUCGACAUCGUAUCUUCGUAAUCCCGAAAUACUCGAUUUAACUGUGUUAUAUUAAUAUACUGUAUCUUCGUUACACUCGAUGUCACAAAAAACCCUGGGAAAUAGGCAGCUUCGGUUGAUUGUUUGACAAGAGCUUGUAAGCUUUACAAAAAUAGUUCCUUAAAACGACACUCAUAAUAAGAAUUCACCAUUAAUACAAAGAUAAUUAUUUAAUGUCAUAUCUUAUUUUUAAUUUUAUUUGUGUUUUAUUAUAUACAACAUGGAAAAAUAAACGUACACAAUAUGAAUCACAA